CUCCUCUUCUUUCCCGACCACCUCCGCAUUAGGCCUAGUUAACGAGUAACGGACGCCCGCGGCACACCAAGCUACAAAAACCCCUGCAGGCCAUAAACCACCGCGACUUCCUCCUAUUUCAGCCAAUUCCGACGGCGACUUCACCCUCCUACCCUGCUCAGCCAACCAUUUUCUCUGUCUUUUUCGGCGACAAGACCAUCUACUUACUUUGCUGCACUCUACUUUGCCUUGUUCAAAUUAGCAGAGCAAGGCGGCCGCUAAACUCGGAAUUCUUCGUGUUUAGUUCCACUGUUGGUUUAACAUGCCAAAGAAUUUUCGGAAAAGGAAAGUUGAGGAUGAAGCGGAAGAUAAUGUUUCAGAUGAUGAAGAGGAAAGAAGGUUGGCAUUAGAGGAGGUGAAACUGCUACAAAAGCAGCGGGAGAGGAGAUCUGGGAUAGCUGCUAAUACUACACCACAAUCAUCAAAUGUGGUAACAAAGUUAGGCGAAAAAGUUGAGACGGAUGGAGAUAAAGAAGAGUUGGUUUUGCAGGAUACAUUUGCACAAGAAACUGCUGUCAUGAUUGAAGACCCCAAUAUGGUGAAGUAUAUUGAGCAAGAAUUAGCCAAGAAAAGGGGGAAGAAUAUUAAUGCGACAGAACAAUCAGAAAAUGAAUUGACUCUUGCUGAAGAAGAGUUGUACAAGAUUCCGGAUCACCUGAAAGUGAAAAAGAGAAACUCAGAAGAAAGUUCUACUCAGUGGACCACGGGUAUUGCAGAAAUUCAGCUCCCUAUCGAAUAUAAGCUGAAAAACAUUGAGGAAACUGAAGCAGCCAAAAAGUUUCUACAUGAAAAGAGAUAUGUCGGUCAGACCAAGAAAGAGUCUACCAAUUCUUGGAGUCAUAAUGCUGAUUAUUUCCAACGUGGGAAAGAUUAUGCUGAAAAGCUUAGGAGAGAUCAUCCUGAGCUGUACAAGGAUAGAGGUACAGAGGAUAGUGGAGUGGGAUCAAGACCCAGUGACAAUGGUGCAGACCCAGCUGGGAGAAGGCUUGCUGCAACAGACGAGCUUAUGCUUGAGCGCUUCCGGAAACGAGAACGGCAGCGUGGAAUGAGGAGAUGAGGUUAGCUCAUUCUCAUGACGAAAGAAGUCUUGUAUUGUAAACAUCAUUUUCUCAAGUUUUAUUUGAUCAUUCUUUUUUGGGAUAGUUCUUUUGUAACAUAUGCCAGUUUGUUUUAUUUUACCAAGUUUAAGAAGGCACAACAGACAAUUAGAUA